CGAAAAAUAUACGAAUUAAUAGAACAAAAAGGGGAUAUGUACGCCGGACCAGGCUUGAUGUGAGAUGUCACAGGCUCCGAGAAUAUGUAAGGUUGCUGCUGCAAUGCCAAAGUUGGCUCUGUCGAUGUGCCGGCCUUGAGGACAGCUUAUGACGAUUUUAGUAGAAUAAAGACGGUCAUCUCUGACUGAUUGUGAUAAUGAGAGAGGAGAGAGGUGAGAGUGAUAGCGAUACGAGUGUCACGGAACAGUUGGACAAAACUCAACUAGAUGAUGUCAUCCACGUCGAUAGCAAUCAAAAUAGUAAAGGAGGACUAGGGAAUUGCACUCCAGGAUAUAGUGAUCUAGAUAUUUUCAAGAAAUGUCAAAUUGAAAGGUGUUGUUGCCAGAAUCUCACGAUGAUUGUUUAUUUUCUCGUAUCUUGGUGGAUUGGUUUGAUUUGUUUGCAUUGGGACUCUUCUUGACAGCCUCAUAUAACGACCAAUAAGGAGCAGAUUCUAUAGCACGGAC